AUGGCACCCGAAGUACUUCAGCAAUUUGCCGUAGGUGGAGGACUCCCAGUAACCAAGAUGCAGGAUCCGAAAGAGAGGUUUUAUCACCAUUUUCAAGAAGAAGUCAUCGGUCUACAAGAGCAGAUCGACAAUGUGAGCUCCAUAUCUCAGGUCGGUGGUGAGAGGCAGGACGCCAUUGAUCACAUCCUGGCCGGUAUAUCGAAUCUCUCCAACGAAGUCGCCGACGCUUCCGACUAUGUUCCCUCGUAUGACCAGCGGAACUACGCCCAGGCCGUCAAAGCUCUCACAGACAAGUUGAAUGAGACCACGGCAAAGCUGGCCCCGCGUUCCCGCUUCCAGUUCAAACCUCGCGGAGCCAGCUCAGCAACAACAUCAACCACCAAUGGCCCAGCCGCGCCCAAAAUUGACCCCCGUCUCAUUGUAGGGGCAAGCCUUGCCGACCCCUUCUCCCCAUCCCGCGGCGGCCCGGUCACCGCUCCCCCCUCCUCCUCCGUAACCCAGGCCGCCACGGAGAUGGACUCAGACGGCCUCGGCGAUCUCCCCAACUUCCCAAAGAACUACAACGAGGAAAUGGCCCGCCCCAGCGCCACCAAGGUCCGGAAACCCAGCUUCUCUACCGCAAAGGACAUUGCAAUUUUCGGCCAAGACGGCCUGCACAUCAUCCUCCCGUCCUCGGCGUCGAGGGCGACGAGUUCGGGCCGCUUGACCGAUCUAAAAGGGUGUGUAGUGGACAUGUCCAUCGCGCUCUCGGGCCACACCUCGUUUGCGAACCUGGCGCUCAAAAACGUCGAGAGGAGUCUGAUUGUUGCGGGAAACGUGGCCGGGCCGGCGCAUAUUACGGGUGCGUCGGAUAGUAUCAUUGUCGUUUCUGCGCGGCAGGUGCGCAUCCACGAGUGCAGGAACGUUGAUAUUUAUCUGCACUGCUCGAGUCACCCGAUUAUCGAGGAUUGUUCGAAUAUGCGCUUUGCGCCGUUGCCGCCUAGCUUUCCGCUGACUGCCGAGAAGGACACCACAGAAGAUCCCACCAAGAACCAGUGGGACCAAGUAGACGACUUCAAGUGGCUCAAAUCAGAACCCAGUCCGAACUGGAGCAUCUUGCCCGAGGAGAAGAGGCUGGCCGAGGAGAUUUGGACAAAGGUUGUGCCGGGCGAGCGCGGCAAAGAUUUGCACGAUAUCCUCAAGGCGGUCGGGGUCCAGAAGCAUUGA